AUGGCUGCGCACCUCCCUCUGCCCCGCAACAUCCGCUGGGGCCUGGCCGCCCUCAGCAGCUCCCUGUUCGCCAACAACAAGACCCAGGACAGCGGCUCUGCCCGCAUCUACUGCCCAGCGCGCGAGGUGCUGGCCAGCCUGCCCCUGCAGAUGCUGCUCUACUUCAACGUCCUCUACUUCCCGCUCUGGUGCAUGGCCGAGGGGACGAUGCUGCUGCAGAAGUUCAGCCUGCUGCCGCACUACUACCAGCUGCUGCUGCUCGCCGCCUUCCUCCUCCUCUCGCUAGGUGAAGGCCUCCGCCUCUUCCUCGGCUACAUAGGGAACCUGCAGGAGAAGGUGCCUGAGCUCGCGGGGUUCCUCCUGCUCUCGGUCCUCAUCCAGCUCCCCCUCCUGCUCUUCCUGCUCAUGGACAACAACAUCAUCUUCCUGGCCUCCGAGAUCCCGGCAGCCUUCCUUGCGCUGAGGAUGAUGACCAAGCAGCUCGCCAUAGAGUUCCAUCUGCAGCAGUUCACGGCCGGGGACAGGCCAUGGCACCCGAGGCAGCAAGAGGCAGGAGGCCAAGGGCGGAUGAUGCUCUAG